UUAGAGCAGUAAAAAUAAAUGUUUUGUCAUACCCAUGGUAUACGGUCUGAUAUACCACGGCUGUCAGCCAAUCAGCAUUCAGGGCUGGAAUCACACAGUUUAUAAUUAACAUUAACAUCUAAAGGUUUGAUUCUGUUGACAUACUCCAAGCACGGUUCGUUCAGAUGAAAUGGUCACAACAGCAGAGAGAAAGGCCAGUUCCUGUUGCGCACCGCACACAUCGCCCACUUUGAAAUCUGAGUGGAGGCAGUCAGCAUUUUGAAACUAAUAAGCCAUAACAUUUAAAAUGUUAUUCAUGAGGCAUGUCUUACCUUGUUUCAAAGUAGCUUAGCCAAAAUCAGACCAUAUGUUGAGGGAAUGAUAAAAAAUAAUAAAAUCCUUAUGCCUUUGAAACCAACAUUUUCUAUUUUUCUAUUGAUUUUCAAAUCAACUUUUUCAUUGUCCAGCAGGCAAAGACUCAAACUUAUCCAUAUUAGCAACCCAUGCUAGUUGUUGCAUCUUUAGAUCUCCCCUCUUUCAAAAUUUCAAAAGGAUAUUUUAAUUUCUGUCACAUGAAACCCCUCGCAUGUGUGGUGGCUUUUUAGAAAGGUGCAUUCCCGCUAAUUGCAUUUUGGAACAUUCGCGUGUAGGGUACUGCUGUGUGCACAUUGCUGCACUAAUGUGAAGAAAUAGUUCAUCAUUAUUUUAAGCUAAAUGUUCUGAUCUGUUGCAUUAGCCUCAUUGCUUAACUUGUUUUUUUAUGUACAGUGGUUGUAUGAUUUAGAAUCUAUCGGCCUAGAACUGUCCUAGAGUCUGUUUAUAUCAUCCCAGACAUUUUUAUUUAUCGUCCCGGGACGACGGGGGGCCCUUAAUUUUGAGCCCUGGCUACAUAGUUUACCCAGAGAGAAAGCACAUAGUUCGAUCCUCUUGCUGAAACUGUUGGAUGAUUAUUUCUCAGUUUCUCUCCCUUGCAGUGUUGGCUCUAGUAAUGAUUGGUAGGACUGGGGGUGGUCAGGAUACAGCGAACAGGUGACUGCCGAUGCAGGUGACUGCCGACUGACUGAUAACCUUGCAUCAGGAAUAACAACUCAUUAUUAUUUGUAGAUCGGUCAGUCACAAUUUACCCAUGAUAUUGUGGUUAUGAUCCCCUCGAACACGGCCACUGACUUACUCACUCAGCAACAGCCUGCAUCACUCCCUGAUUAUCAGUAGUAGUAGGUCACAGUGAAAUGUAAUACAAAUAAAAGAGAAAUGACAUUUUCACCGCCGAUAUGGUUUUCAAAGGAAAACCGCCCACAUGGCAACCCUGCUACUGUUUACACUGGGCACAUUAUUAUGCACAAUGUAUCCAUUUAAUUAUCCAGAGUUUUGCUACAUUGGUAUGAAUGACAUUAAAAAGCACUAACGUGUUCAUUAUUUUUAAUUUGGUGAUAAGAUUUGCUCUGUUUCAGUACAUGCGUGUAGGCCUUGAUCCCAUUGGAUUGGAUGUUUGGCCUAGUCGUUUGUAGAUUGUCAGGUUUCAGUUAUUAUUACCAGGUUGCGAAAUGGUAAUAACUAAAGAGAUCUUGCUAAUGAAACGCAUUCAAUUGAAUGAGUUUGACUUUCUUACGAGAAUGAAUGCUUUCAACUACCCUUUCUAUACAUCCCCAUUAUAUUUAUUUUGCCCUAUAAUUAGGUACUUAAUUCAAUCGGUGUUAAAUAUUAUAUUCUUAUUCAUGAUUCAGCAUUUACGUUUUUAACUGCGGUAUCCCCAACGUUUUCUAUGCAGGUGUAGUGAGAAGCGUGGUUCUCCUGUGUAUCUGGACUGUAUCUGGACUGUAUCAAUGGUGUCGUUAAGCAACAUAGCGCUGGUCUCUGAUAAUGACCUCUUUAGGGAAGGUGUUAGCCUGGUCUCCCUGGGGCUUGUAGAGGGAGAGGGCAGUGAGGGGGGGAGCGAGGGGGGGAGCUUUACUUCCUGUUACAGUCCCGAGGCCGGGGACAUGGGGGCUCGACUCAGCUUCAGCCCUGGAGAGGAGGAGGAUGACGAAGAGGAAGGGGGCCUGCUCCGACUCUAUCUGUCCCCCACAGAGGGUCUGCCUGACUUCAGCCCCCGCCUGCCCUCACCCUUCUCUCCCACCAUGGAGGACAUCGAGGAGUUCCUCAGGGAGAAGAUGGAGCUGGUGAGAGAGGGGGUUCUCUUCUCUAGUGAACCCAUAGAGGAGCCAGCUCCCUCCCCUUCCAGCUCCAUGGAACAACCCCUCUCCUCAGGGGGACACAGUGAGCCAGGGACCAGCAAUGCUCUGUCACCCCCCAGCCCACAAACCCCCAAUUGCCCUCACACCCGAAGCCCAUCCCCCCUCACCCCCUCGGUGUUCCUGGGAGCACCCCUGGUUUUCCAGGUCCAGUCCUUGCCUCUGGCCCAGCCUCACCCCCAGACAGGCUCUCCUCCUGGUGCAUCCAGUGGGCUGAGAUUGGCCCACCUGGUUCUGGGACUCCACGGAGGGCAGAAUGUUACCCUGCUGGCCUCACAGGUGCCCUCCACCUCAGCCACCCUUCUCAACAUAGCCAGCACGGACGCUCCAGACCAGAAGUACGUGAAGAUUGCCCCUCUACCGAUCACUGUGAGGAUUGCCGGGGGGCUUGUUGGGGCAACAGUCAUUGGGGGUCACAGUGGAGGGGUUGUGGUCAAAUCUGUGGCCCCCCCUAGAGUCAACAGACCCCCUCCUAAAGAGACGCUGAGGGUACACAAAUGUUCUCACCCGGGCUGUGAGAAGAUGUACACCAAGAGCAGCCAUCUGAAGGCCCACUUCCGCAGACACACCGGAGAAAAGCCAUACACCUGCAGCUGGCCUGACUGUGUCUGGAGGUUCUCUCGUUCUGAUGAGCUGUCUCGUCACCGGCGCUCCCACUCCGGGGUCAAGCCCUACGAGUGCUCUCUGUGUGAGAAGAAGUUUGCCCGCAGUGACCACCUCUCCAAACACACCAAGGUGCACCGCAGCCCCCGGCCUGGCAGAAUCGUCAGAACUACCGUCUGACCCAGCCAGCAUCUCGACACAGCAAACCCAGCUCAGCCCAGUCGUGAUCCUGAUGUCACCCUUAACCCCGUUGCAGCACUUGACCUGGACGGCAGAAUUAUUAGUACCUGCCUCUAGAAUUCAGAGCAGCCUGGUCCCACACCUACACCCUGGCUGUGCCUGCCCAACCCUGCCCAGUCCAACCUCAACCCGACCACAGGCGAACAGACUAAUCACACUCAUCCACCCAGACCUUCCCCGGGAAGGCCCUGUUAGGGAGUCUGAGUCCUCAUCAGGACACUGGUGCUACAGGAGCAGACCUGGGCCAGAACUUAGAGUAGGGUUCUGAAUCUGAUUCAGACCCUGCUGAGCUCUGCCCUCUUUACUCUCUCCUCUCCUCCCUCCUGCAGCAGAGCAGAUGAGGGCUUGUCCUGGUGCUAAACAGUGAACUAACAGGUAACGGCCAUCUCAAGGAUGUGAUUGUUCAGCUUAAAGCGGAUUUCAGGCCUUUAGGUUAAAUCAAAUCCCCCUGCCACACACACACCUCGCUACCCUUAGCAGAUGACAAGUGUGACAGGCAGCUGCACAUGGUCUAAUUCUCAGAAGAUAAUGUUGUAUAUGUCAUUAGAUUGUGUUUAAAAGACUACACUGUCACACAUUCUAUUCUACAUAUUAUAUUGCUCUGUGAAUCUGCUUCAGGAGUUAGACCCUCAAGACAGUUUGAGGUAAAUCCACUGGCCCAGCUCAUUCUAGCCCAUAAUCUGUGCCAUUAGCCCAGUUGAAAUUUGAAAGUACUGUGUUGAUAUGUGAGCUGCCAGAUUCUCUCAGAGAACAGGUUUGAGUCUAAAUCUCUUACAUAUCCCCUCCUGCUCCCCAUAGUGCCAAACCUCUGGCCCAAUCACAUCCCCCCUGACCCUAACGGCCAAUUCAGUACUGUUAUCACCACUUCCCUGACCUCGUGCCUCUUCCCACUCCCUAAAAGACCUCAGGGCUGCAGACUAGUGUCUGCUGGUUUUCACCAUGGUGCUUUACUGGUCCAUUAUGUAAUAACUGGUUAGUUAAGAGUCCACUCACAGCCACCUGGUUUCCCAGGUUUGCGUCAGAUGCUGAUUGAAGGCAAGUAACUGAGUGAAAACCAGCAGACACCGUAGCCCACCUGGUCCACACUCUUAAACCUAUAAGCUCUUUUACUGUCUUUAUAUGUCUUUGAAAUCAAUGUUAAACUGACAAAAGAGACUCGGCGAAAGCUACUUAUGUGUAUGCUGUAUGUUUUAUACAUGGGCUUUUCAAUGCAAAGCAAUCCGAUAUGAAGAAGUGCUUAGUCAUUUACACUAGUAAAGGUUAGUAGGUUAGGCCAGCAAGCAAAGCUAGUCAUUUAUAGUGUACAGUACUGUACCUGAAAAGGGCAGCUGAUCGUUGUCCAAUCUGUGUCUGUAAAAUAUAACAUUUACAUGUACAGAACAUAUAGAAGCUCCUUUCCAGAAAAACCCUUAGUCAGUACGUUAAGCUAUCCAGUGGUGUCUGUGCUUGGUGAAACUGUGGAAUGUUAUUGAGGGGUCAUCAGAUCAGCCAGACGGGAGUUAAUUAUGAGACUCACUCUUCCGUUAAUGAGUUAACCCAUCACACCUCAUCAAUAUGAGCCCUCUGUUCUCAAGUGCACUUAUGUUAGCAGGUUCAGCAGGAGAGGGUUAAGCAUGGAGAAAAGUUAUAGGUAGCCCAACGGCUAAGGAAUUGGACCUGUUGCUGAAAGGUGUCUGGUUAAAAUCCUGUGGCGGGCACUGGAAAAAUAGGUGUGAAUUGAUCUGGUAACUGAAGGGCUGCUGGAUUCACAUCCUAAAGAUGUUCUUCUACUGUUGGGCCCUUAACCCCACAGCAUGCUUUCCAUCCAGGGGCCCUGCACUGCAGCUUGACCCUGUGCUUGUCUCAACUGUGUGUGAUGUGUGCUGUAAGACAUGGACAAUAAAGUUGUUUUCUAAAUGCUA